GUGGAGUGAAGGGGAAGAAUGAAAAUAAUGUCUGGAAAAUCAAUGGAGCAGGAUCCUUCAAACCAGAAAUGUGGAAGAAAGAAAACAGUGUCCUUCAGCAGCAUGCCAUCAGAGAAGAAAAUAAGCAGCGCUAGUGACUGUAUCAGCUUUAUGCAGGCUGGGUGUGAACUGAAGAAAGUUCGUCCAAAUUCCCGGAUUUAUAACCGUUUUUUUACUUUGGAUCCUGAUCUGCAGGCUCUUCGUUGGGAGCCUUCCAAAAAGGACCUUGAGAAAGCCAAGCUCGAUAUUUCUGCUAUAAAAGAAAUCAGGCUAGGGAAGAACACAGAAACGUUCAGGAAUAACGGACUUGCAGAUCAGAUUUCUGAGGACUGCGCGCUGUCGGUAAUUCACGGUGAGAACUAUGAGUCCCUCGACCUGGUUGCCAAUUCAGCUGACGUGGCCAAUAUUUGGGUAUCGGGAUUAAGGUACUUGGUUUCUCGUAGCAAACAACCCCUGGAUUUGAUGGAAAGCAGCCAUAAUACUCCACGGUUUGCCUGGCUGAAAACUGUCUUUGAAGCAGCAGACGUUGACGGUAAUGGCAUAAUGUUAGAAGAUACAUCUGUGGAACUAAUAAAGAAGCUUAACCCCACCUUAAAGGAAUCAAAAAUUAGAUUAAAAUUCAAGGAAAUCCAGAAGAGCAAAGAGAAACUGACAACACGAGUAACAGAAGAGGAAUUUUACGAAGCAUUCUGCGAACUUUGCACCAGACCUGAAGUUUAUUUCUUACUUGUGCAGAUAUCUAAAAACAAAGAGUAUCUAGAUGCCAAUGACCUCAUGCUGUUUUUAGAGGCUGAGCAAGGAGUGACCCACAUAACGGAAGAAAUGUGUCUAGAUAUUAUACGCAGAUAUGAGCUUUCUCAAGAAGGACGUUUGAAAGGUUUUCUUGCAAUUGAUGGAUUUACUCAAUACUUGCUGUCCCCAGAAUGUGAUAUUUUUGAUCCCGAGCACAAAAAGAUUGUCCAAGACAUGACACAGCCCUUGUCGCAUUACUACAUCAAUGCAUCCCACAACACAUAUCUAAUUGAAGACCAGCUCAGAGGGCCAGCUGAUAUCAAUGGUUACGUCAGAGCUUUAAAAAUGAGUUGUCGGAGUAUUGAACUAGAUGUCUGUGAUGGCCCAGAUAAUGAGCCCAUUAUUUGUAACCGUAACAACAUGACAUCGCCACUUUCAUUUCAAAAUGUUAUCGAGGUGAUAAACAAAUUGGCAUUCUUUGCAUCAGAAUACCCCCUUAUUCUAUGCUUGGGGAACCACUGCUCCGUACAACAGCAGAAGGUUGUGGUACAACACAUGAAAAGGAUCUUUGGAAACAAACUCUACACGGAGACACCUUUAUCUUCAGAAGCCUACCUCCCGUCACCUGAGAAACUGAAAAUGAAGAUCAUUGUAAAGGGGAAGAAGCUGCCCUGCGACCAGGAUAUACUAGAAGGGGAAGUCACAGAUGAAGAUGAAGAGGCUGAAAUAUCCCGGAGACUUUCAGAAGACUUCUCAAGGGAACCAAAGCUGAUCUGGCUGUGCAGGGAGUUAUCUGACUUGGUGUCUCUAUGCAAAUCUGUCCAGUACAAAGAUUUUGAGACGUCCAUGAAAGCUCAAAAUUACUGGGAGAUCUGCUCCUUCAGUGAAGCAGAAGCCAGUCGAAUUGCAAAUGAAUACCCUGAGGAUUUUGUCAACUACAACAAAAAGUUUCUUUCCAGGGUGUACCCCAGUGCUAUGAGGAUAGACUCCAGUAAUUUAAAUCCUCAAGAUUUUUGGAAUUGUGGUUGUCAGAUAGUGGCAAUGAACUAUCAGACUCCAGGGCCCAUGAUGGACCUGCACACUGGCUGGUUUCUACAGAAUGGUGGAUGCGGGUAUGUUCUCAGGCCUUCAGUAAUGCGUGAAGAAGUGUCUUAUUUCAGUGCAAAUACAAAGGGCAUUGUUCCGGGAGUCUCUCCCCAAGUUCUACAUGUCAAAAUAAUCAGUGGGCAGAACUUUCCAAAACCCAAAGGUGCGUGUGCAAAAGGGGAUGUCAUUGAUCCCUACGUUUGUAUAGAAAUACAUGGGAUUCCUGCAGAUUGCACUGAACAAAGAACUAAAACCGUUCAGCAAAACAGUGAUAACCCAAUUUUUGAUGAGAGCUUUGAGUUCCAGAUCAAUCUACCAGAGUUGGCCAUGAUCCGUUUUGUUGUUUUGGACGAUGACUACAUCGGGGAUGAGUUCAUAGGCCAGUACACCAUCCCACUGGAGUGCCUGCAGCCUGGAUACAGGCACAUACCGCUGCGGUCUUUUGUUGGCGAUAUCAUGGAGCACGUUACGCUGUUUGUUCAUAUUGCAAUAACCAAUCGAAGUGGAGGUGGAAAGGCCCAAAAGCGCAGCCUCUCAGUGAGGAUAGGAAAGAAAGCAAGGGAGUACACCAUGCUGAGGAACACUGGGCUCAAGACUAUCGAUGACAUUUUUAAGUUGGCUGUGCAUCCACUACGAGAGGCCACCGACAUGAGAGAGAACAUGCAGAAUGCCAUAGUGUCAGUCAAAGAGCUGUGUGGGCUGCCACCCAUCGCAAGCCUGAAGCAGUGCAUCCUGACCCUGUCCUCGCGGCUCGUAAGCAGUGAGAAUGCUCCCUCUGUUACCCUCUGUAUGAAGGACGCGUUUCCUUACCUAGAGCCUCUGGGGACUGUGCCUGACGUGCAGAAAAAGGUUCUGGCUGCAUAUGACCUGAUGAUUCAAGAGAGCAGGGUUCUUAUUGAGACGGCAGACAUCACUCACGACAAGAUCGUUCAGUGUCAGAAAGCAGGGAUGGAAUUCCAUGAAGAGCUUCAUAACCUCGGGACAAAGGAAGGUUUGAAAGGAAGAAAAUUAAGCAAAGCCAUUGAAAGCUUUGCAUGGAAUAUCACAGUGCUGAAGGGCCAAGGAGACCUCCUGAAGAAUGCCAAGAAUGAAGCCCUGGAAAACAUGAAACAGAUCCAGCUGGCAUGCCUAUCCUGCGGACUGAGCAAAACUGGAAGUGGGCAUGCAGAUGCAAAGUCAAAACGGUGCCUAGAAGCGAUACAGGAGAAGGAUACAGGAGAUGAAAACGGGAGGCUGUGCUAGGAGGCAGAGCUGUCACGUUUGUCACAGAUUUCAAUAGCUCUAAACUAUUUUUUUAAAGCUUUUAAAAAUUCACACAGGAAUGCCCUGUACAGGGUGUUAAUAGUAUUAAAAUCCUCACAAUGUCAGUAUUUUAAUGCAGUUAAUUUAUCUAAGUUGAACUCCGGCAGUAAGAUUUCUAAUGAAACCCAGCUGUCUGUACGCAAGUGCGCAUGUGUGCAUAUGCAGAUCCUGUAGACCCGUUUUAUGCAUCACAUUAGUCAUUUACUAAUUUAUUCCUUUGUUGUCUUUGAAUAGGCCUGUUCCUUCUGAAGAUCAAAACAAAUAGAGAGUACUUGUAUCAGCUUUUGUGCUUUAUUUUACUCUCCAACUUCUAUCAUUGAACUUAAAAUUAUAUUAUUGUUACACUUUUGUUAAACAGACUAAAUAUGUCAACAAAUGUCAUUAACUACUGUUUUUGUGAGGGCAAAAACAAUGGUUUGCUGCAGAUCCUGAACAUGAUUUUUAAUGAACAAUUUAAAUAGGGAAUGUAUUAAAUGGUCAGAAUUGCUAAGUAGAUUGUGAUUAGAUUUCAGAUGUACAUUUCACUGAAUUUUAGCAAACUGCUCUUUGGGAUACAUCCAGAUAACACAUGUUAACAUGAGAACUAGCUGAUUUAUUUCAUUCUAGUACAUCAUUGUUACCUUGUAGAUCUGCAGAACAUCUACAGUCUUUUCUGAUAGGCAUUUAUAUUUAACUUGUAUAGUGAUGAACAUAGCUAGUCAGCGCUGUAGUUGUAAGGAGAGCUGUGAAUAUUCUUUGGUAAUACUCUGAAGGUGAGCUUCAGGUCCUUCUGAAACACACCGUGGUGCCAGUAUUGGAAGGAAGGUUUUAAAAAUCCCACAUAGUGUGAGCUUUAUUGAAGAAGUGCGAGAGGUCAGUGUAUGGGCAGGAUCUGGCCUUAGGUUGUGGUGGUCAAGAAUCAUACCAUGCUAGACAUUUGAAACAAGGCUGCAGAACUACUGUGGAUGCAGUAUAGAUAAAUAGCUUGGCAAAAAAAGGGGGUACCAGCAUUCAUAUGCAGCAGUUACAAGUGUCCUAGCAUGUAUCAAGUGUUUAGGGUAGUGCUGAGAAUUGGACAUCUUUUUGUGUUGCUGUAGAAAGAAAACAGAAAAUGUCACAAAGCAAUGCAUUCUUGUCCUUCCCAGUGUCCAGUUCAUAUAUGCUCACAACGUUCAUUUCAAUUGUUUAAGUACUGUGCUUGAGUGUAGUAUUUGUGUUACCUAAACAGGAGUAAGUGUUUUAUGGUUAUAAAAAAGACUAUAUUUAUUUAAAGCAUUGCUUUUAUUUUGAAAAGCUACUUUUUAAAUUAAUUUGAUUAACAAAUAUGCUAAUUUUCUGAACUUAACAAAAAGUAAUUGUUUAAAGUUUGACCAUUGGAGAAUCUUAUAUAGCUAUUGUGUUAAGUUAUUUUUGACUUCUUAAUAACACUAUUAUGUUCAUGUUGCACAUUUCUGAGAGAGUAAAGCUAUGAAACAACUUUGAGCCAUGUUUUUAAAGUGAUUUAAGACAGAAGGUAACCAGUGAGACUUGAAGUGGGUGUGUUGCUGGUGAGAGGAGAUCCUGCUCCAGCAGGAACCGUAUUAUUGCAAAGGUUGUAACUCAGAUGCUAUAAAUACCAUUUCAGUAAAACUUGCUGUACUUACUCAGAUGCAGUCCUAAAUUCUCUGUUUAUCUCUCUAUUAGACUGUGAGUGUAUUUAGCUUUCAGUUAGAUUUGUAGAGGAGUGUCUUGAGUUUCACGUGAGACGUAAAUCCCAGAUCAUGGCGUGACCAGUGCAUGGUCACAUGUUACCCUCCUGGAUCACCUUCUUUAUUUCAUCGUGGGUUGUGUUUUUAUGAAAAACAGUACUUGACCUUCAGCAUUAGUUAGGGAGGAUGGAAAUAACUGGCCUAAUGUCAUCAGUUGUGAAGGAAGCGGUCUUUGUAAUUUCUCUCAGAAGGUCAAGGUUGCUACAGAAUAGGAGAAAUGGGCAUACUUUCUGUGAUGAAGUUGCAGAGAGGUGUACCACCUGUUCUAUGCCUAUUUGCUGAAGCAGAAGAUGGUGGCUAGCGAGAAAUCCCACAGCAUGCAGGACACGUACCUGUCACGCCAUGUUUAACAUUCAUAUCAGGUCCUGCACUAAGCUCAUAACUGUGUGACAUUUUGUGCUUAAACACAAGGAUAAAACUCUGGACAGUCCUAUGCUGCUGAGGCCAGGUUGAUCCUGGCAUUGGCAGCUGCAGCCGUGCUCCCUCCAACAAGAAGAGAGAGGCCAGUGGCACCUUCCCUUCAUCUGUGCACCUUUCAAAGUCACUGGGAGA